AUGUUGCGGUUCAGCACGAGCGGGGCUUUGCGCGCUGGGAGCGGCGGAUUCUUCAACCUGGGCGGCCUGGGCGCCUCACGAGAAGCCCAGUACCUGUCCAAGGAGCGAGGCAUUCCGCGCACCGAGUACAACUCCAACAUACAUCUCAUCCGGUCCAGCGAGGUCGACCCAUUCGCCCCGGCCCCUGGAUCGACCCGGGCCGCCGCUGAUAAAGCCUCUGCUAAAGCUGCCGCGGCCGAGGCCGCACGAUUACGCUCCCGGAUCGCAUCUGCUCUUGCUGGUCGGCGUGGCCAGUUCGCCCCUGAUCAUGCGAUGGAAGGUGUCCCGGGAGGCGUGGCAAGCCUACAUGACCAGCUGCGAGUCCUGAAGAACGAGCUCGCCGAGGCAAAGAGGGAUCUGCUCGUCGCCAGGUGGAAGGCGGAACGAGCCAGUCAUGAGAAACCCGAGCCGUCCAUGACCUCCCACCUGCUGAGCACCGUCAUAAUAAUUACAGCUGUCUAUUUCAUUGCCAAGGACGUUAGUGCGCGGUACACAGGGUCUCCCAAGCCUGCCGAUGGCCCCAUCCAGGGCCAGGCUUUCACCAGCGAGGUCGACGAAGCAACAGCGCAACGACAACGGGAUGCACCGCUCGAGGAACAAGUGCUGGCCGAGUCGGGUCUGACGUCCUUCGAGAACCAGUCCGAGACGGUGGAAACUCCACGGAGAUCUGGGCUGAGCGGCCUCUUCUGGGCCCGAACGUGA